AUGACGAAUUUAUCUUUAGCUAACAAUGUUAUUAUAUCGCAAAUUCGUUCGAACUCUGAUCACUUAUUCAACGUAUACAUUCUACCAGCCUUGGCUAUCAACGGUAUCGUAGGCAAUCUUUUAGGAUGCAUUGUCAUGCAUAGAUUGAUCAAAUGUACUAAAGUCCCUUCCUAUACUUACUUGUUCAAUUUAACGUUCGCCGAUUUAUGCGUGUCCGUUUUGCUUCUAAUAAAUGCCGUGAGAACUAUAGGUAAAUACACUAAUAAUGAUUGGGAUAAGUCUUAUGCUUUGGUAUGGGUCACAGUUAGAAUAACAUUUGCUGGAAUCAAUUAUUUUAUGAAGGUAAGCGUUUGGAUAGUAGUUUUGUUAACAGCUGAUAGAUAUAUCAUGAUAUGCCACAUUUUAAAAUACCGAGCCUGGUGCACAGUCCGAAACAUUAGGAUAGGACUCAUAAUCAUAUAUCUGACAUGUUUGUGUUGGAUGAUACCUUUAUCCCUGAAAUACGAUGUGGUGGAGAUUGAUUGCGCGUCCAGUGCUUCAGCCAAGAGACGAAUCGAAAAACUUAUUAUUAACGCCGCCUUUACAUUAACAACAAAUUAUGAUAUGUCUAAAAAUUAUUCUUUUAUUCUUAAAGAUAAUAUCAGCAACAACAUUAAUAAUCAUAUUGAGUUAUUCAAAAAAUCAAUGAUUUGUUAUGGAUUCGGUAUAAAGAUAUUAUCUCAUCAAUAUAGAACAUACGAAAUAACUAAAGAGAUUAUAAUGACCUUUAUACCCCUAAUAUUACUAUUAGUUUUAAAGGUGAAGAUCCUAAUAAUUUAUAGGGUCAUUGUAAAUCUUCGUCCCAAGAUCCAUGACACUAAAACUAUGAGGGAUGAAAAAUCAUUGACACUUACCAUGUUUGGUGUAUUGAUAUUUCUAUUGAUAUGUAUGACUCCCGGGUCAAUUAUAUUGAUCAUGGAUACAUAUUAUGGUAGUAGAUGGAGGAUCGCCAACAAUAAUUUUAAUAUCAUUAGUAAUACGCUAGAGUCAUCUAAUUACAUCUUUAACUUUUACAUAUAUUGCGUUAGCAACAAAGUCAUCAGACGUCACUUGUGUCAGUUAUUUCAUCGUCCAGAAAAGACUCAAAAUGUUAGAUUCAGACAAAUUAAUUAUAUUUCCACGAUUCAAUUAAAAUAA